GUUCACACGCCGCGGAGAACGACCAAGCGCCAUGGCUCAAUUGCGGUCGGAAAAGCGGUGGUGAGACUGCGGGUGGCCCACAGAUUUCAGGCGGGUCAUCGUCUAGCUCUAGCAUCUCACGGCAACCCAGGCCCACCCUGCGCAAAACAAAAACUGUG